AUGAUUCAUUUUUCAAACAGCAUUGGCCUUACCAUUGUUCUUCUUUUGAUGAUGGCUCGAAAUACGAUUUCUUACCAGUUCUAUGAUAAGACUAACUGCACCUCAGAUUCUGAAGUUUUUGGUUCAAACUACCUUUGCACCUCUGAUAAGCUUCCAUGUCAAACAUUUAUCAUUUAUCGCGUUCAACAGGGCAAUGAAACGCUUAAUUCCAUAUCAGAUUUGUUCAAUCUUGAAAAUGUGUCUGAUAUAUUGUUUUAUAACAAUGUAUCUGAUUCAAUUCAGGCUUCUCUGCCUCCUGGCCAUGAGAUCAUCAUUCCCAUCACUUGUGAGUGCCCUGAUCGGUUCUCUCGGGCUGUUUUUUCAUACAAUGCUUCUGCAUCAGAGUCACUCUCUUCGAUUGCCUGUAGUGUUUUUGGAGGGCUGGUGAAAGCUCAGAGUCUUAGAGAGGAGAAUCCUUAUUAUGGGAGAAGGGAGGGGCCUGAGUAUUCUUUAGUCCAUGUGCCUGUUCGAUGUGCUUGCCCUGAUUCGUUGGAUUUGAGUGAGGGGAUUAAGUAUCUUGUAACGUAUCCGAUUAUGGGAAGUGAUUCUACAGAUUUGAUUGCUAGAAAAUUUGGAGUGACUCAGCAGAUCAUCUGGGAUGCCAACAGAUUAAGCACAUACACAGCAAUAUAUCCUAGGACUGUUCUGAUUAUUCCUACGACAAGUGUCCCGAGUUUGAAUUAUGUUGUUGCUUCUCCUGGUGAAAAUCCAAGUCCUCCUCAAAAAUCCAGUCCUCUGGGUGACAUUAUUCCUGGUGAAGAUAGAAAGAAAAAUGUGAAAUUUGCUGCUUAUGUGGCGGUUGCUGUAGCUGGAGCCGUGGCUCUAGUGGGUGUAUCCUUUUGUAUGGUUAUCUUAGGCAUCAAGAGAAGAAGCCAUCUGAGGUUCAAGAAUUUGUCUCCUAUAGUCCCACGUUCGUCUAAUUUCUCUCCAGAUUUUCUUGAUGGAAUGUCAAAGUUGAAUAAUUCACUGAUAUGUUUCAACUUGGAUGAGCUGAGGAGUGCAACUGAGGACUUCAGUGAGGGUAGUUUGAUUGGUUCAUCACUUUAUCGGGGCAAAAUAGGAGAUACUUGUCUGGCAAUUGAGGAAAUGAGGUCAAUGAAAGAAGCCAACCAUGUUGUGUACAUACUAACAAAGACGAAUCAUCUUAAUGUGGUGAAGCUUCUAGGAUUUUGUUAUGGAACCAGACCAUUUCUCCUAUUUGAGUAUGCUGAAAAUCACAGCUUAAGAUAUUGUUUGUCGAAUUCAAAGUUGGCUGAGCAGCUCACCUGGGCAAAAAGAAUGCAGAUAGCUUUUGAUCUUGCGGUUGGCAUACAUUAUAUACAUUACUGCACCAAGCCUACUUAUGUCCAUAGGAAUAUAAACAGCAAAAAUGUUCUUAUAACUGCAGACUGGAGGGCCAAGAUUUCUGAUUUUAAAUUAGCUAAACCUCUAGUUUUCAGUGACCAAACUGGGGAGACCGAUUGGAAUGAGUCUGUGAUAGUUGGUAAAAAAGGGUACUUAUCUCCCGAAUAUAUGAAUGAAGGGCAUGCCUCCACAAAGGUAGAUGUAUAUGCAUUUGGUGUUGUCUUACUCCAAUUGUUAUCAGCAAAAGAGGCCAUUUCAGAAGAGAAAUUCUUGAAGGAUUCUAUUGAGUUUUUGACUGAAGAGACGGAAGAUUCUGCAGCCUGCUUGGAGAAGUUAAAGGAGUUCAUGGAUCCUGUUCUGAAUGGUGAUUAUAAUGUUGGUGAUGCAAUGAAUUUAGCACUUCUGGCUAAAGGUUGCGUAGAGAAGGACACCCUUCACCGACCAAACAUGAAUGAUGUUCUGAAAGCUAUUUCAAGAAUGCUGUGGUGA